AUGUCGUCGUCAGAUGCCCAGGACCGUGGCGCCCGCAACGAAGACGGCGGCCAGGACCCCUCAGGGGCUCAUGAUGGGCCAGCUGUCGCACCCUGUGAUAACGAGAAUGGAGACGAAAAGCGAGGUGAUGUCGUCGAAGUCGCCACAGGUGCCAGUGCUGGUGCUGAGUCUCUUGAGAAACCGGAGCGUCCGGUAAAGAAGAUGAAGAGGGGAAAAUACAUAUCCAGAGCCUGCACCAUCAGCUCUGAGAUCUUAGCUCGCUUGGACGCCGUAGAGCGUCAUUUGCGUCUCAUGCGACCGCCCGGCUCUGACUCGACCAUUCCUCCUCUCAACCACAUUUCUCCCGACGAGCAGCUCAAACAUUCUCCUGCGAAACUUCAGAGUGCCUUAGAGGCAGACGGCCAAACGUUUGCUGGGGAGAUAACUAUGAAUCCGGCGUUCGAAGACGACAAUGAGACCUUGGACCACAACAGUGUUGUAUCUUCAGGGUUGCGGCUCGAGCAUUCCUCACCCGCCUCUUCUCUCCACCCUCCGGCAACGUCCCCAGGCGAGUUGGGGGUUCGAAAAGGGAGAUGGUGGUUUGAUAGCAUCCUUGCACAACACGGCGUCAACAUCGACGAGAACCAAUCGAGAUACUAUCUACAAGUCUAUUUGGACGAGAUCCAUCCCAUGUAUCCAUUCAUCCAUCCUCCUGCCAUAUGGGAGACGUUCAAUGAGAUGUGGCAAUACUCUACUCCCUGGCCCACAGCAGAAUCCGCAGAAGGGGAACACAUGCGGGUCUCGAUGGCUUUGAGUCUCCUCCAGGAUUUGCUCGAGACUAGCAACACGGCCACAAAGUCCCUGCUUAUGCUGCAAGUUCUGAUCGUAAGAGUUAUCUAUCUGUUUCGUCUAGAUGCGAACCAGAAAGCUGCUAGGGUCCUGGCGCUCACCGUGUCUGUUGCACACACCAUAGGGAUACACCGUCAAAGUACCAUCGACACCAUGCCUGCGUUUUACAACCAGCUAUAUUGUCGGGCGUGGUGGGUGAUAUACAUGAUAGAUCGUCGGAUAGCCCUCGAGUCUGGCAAACCGUUCCUCAUUCAAGACAGCAACGUGGACACGGCACUACCGAUCGACCUCAGCGAUGAAUGGAUGACUAGAUUUUCGACAAGAAACGAGACCAUGGCAGAAUUGCAGCAUGAGAUCACAGCUGAGGUUGAUCGAGACAUAUUGCCCUCGCCGAUACCUUAUGUUGUUGCUAUGAUUCGAUAUUCUCGUGUGGCGGGAAAGGCUUGGGAGGUGUUGUACGGCGUCAAAGCAUCUAGUGCCCCUACAUUUGCUAUGGUCGAAUAUGUCGAUACUGUUCUUUGUAAGCUGCUAGAUACAGCUCCCAAGAACCUGAGGUACGACCCGGACGAACCCUACGAAUCCCAAUUCAGCACAAGCUUGCGAUGGCAGAUCAAGCAGACUGUUAUUCUGUCCACGUGCUGCACAUAUCUUCGCCUUUUAAUACGAAGGCCCCUUUUACCCAGUUCGAGGCCACUGAGCCUCACCGAGGAGGACGACCUGGAGUCGUCCAUAGAGUGCGCUGGCCUCGCCGCAAAGAUCCUCACUGCCCACCAAAACAUUAAAGAUGACCUCAUCAAAUAUAGCUUCGCUCUCAGUCACUACGUCACAAGCUGCGCCAUGAUUAUGAUCGCAUUGGUUUCCAGGGAACUGGGUUCCAAGAAGAGAUAUGGCUCCCUCGUGCUGGCAGCAACCCAGUCUUUGAUUCUGUAUAGCCACAAGUACACCAAACUCUGGCAGGGAACAUGA